AGGAGGAGGGGUGGAAAGAUCCGGAGGAAAAAAGUUUGAAAGAAGUAGAGAGGCGUCUCAGUGGCACAACGAACCCGCUCUGGAAAAAAAGGGAAAUAAGCGGAGGUUGAAGGGUUGCGUUUGAGUGUCACUUCGUGUGGAUUUUACCGCUGCCGGGGAGCCGCCGGGGCCCGCGCCUGCUCCUGAGUGUCGUUGGGCGGAUUAGAUGAGUUUGACUUCACGAUGAGGAGCGACCCUGUUCUGUUCACUUCCAGCAGGGCCAUGGAGGAGCUGGUGUGUGAGCUUCGUCUGUUCCUUGACCUGCUGGACAGGGAGUAUCUGAGCGCCGGGGUUCGAGAGAGGAAGAUGCACCUCUCCAACAUCCUCCACAGGGUCCUCUCGGAUAAAGAACCUUCAUUCAAGUCAGAGAUCCACAGUGGUCUGCCAGCCCCGCCUCAGAUGCCCCUCCCUGAGAUCCCUCACCCCUGGCUGCCUCCAAACAACGGCCCUCCUCCACUGCCCAGUUCUUCGCUACCGGAAGGCUACUACGAGGAAGCGGUUCCUUUAAGUCCUGGAAAGGCUCCUGAAUACAUCACCUCCAACUAUGACUCGGACGCCAUGAGCAGCUCCUAUGAGUCGUACGAUGAGGAAGAGGAGGAUGGGAAGGGCCAGAAGAUGCGUCACCAGUGGCCCUCUGAAGAGGCCUCCAUGGACCUGGUGAAGGACGCUCGGAUCUGCGCAUUCCUGCUGCGCAAGAAGCGCUUCGGCCAGUGGACCAAACUCCUCUGUGUCAUCAAGGACAACAAGCUGCUGUGUUACAAAUCCUCCAAAGACCACACCCCCCAGAUGGAACUAACCCUGUCAGGCUGCAGCAUCACUCACAUCCCCAAAGACGGCAAGAAGAAGAAGCACGAGCUGAAGAUCGUCCACCAGGGGGCGGACGCCCUGGUGCUGGCCGUGCAAAGCAAAGAACAGGCCGAGGAGUGGCUUAAGGUGAUGAGAGAGGUGUGUGUUAAUGGGAGUGUAGACUUCGAUGGAGCCGGAUCUGGAUCACCAGUGCACAAAAACGAACUGGAAAAGAAGGCAUCAUGUGACAGGCCGAGCUCCGACGGUGAGGCGCCUCAUGAGAACGGACACAGCGACUGCAAGGACCAAGGAAAAGGAAAGAAGAACGCAAAGUCAGAGCAGAAGACGGGCACGGUGGGGAAGGGAGCAGGGAAGAAGAUCACUAAAAUCAUCGGGCUGGGCAAGAAGAAGCCAUCGACAGACGAGCAGACCUCGUCGGCAGAAGAAGACGUGCCCACAUGCGGCUACCUGAACGUGUUGUCCAACAACCGCUGGCGGGAGCGCUGGUGCCGCCUGAAAGACAACCAGCUGCUCCUCCACAAGGACCGGGACGACCUGAAGAGCCACAUCGCCUCGCUGCCCCUCCGAGGCUGCGAGGUCAGCCCCGGCCUCGACAACAAACACCCCUUCGCUUUCCGCCUGCUCCGCAACGGCCAGGAGGUCGCUGUCCUGGAGGCCUCAUCUUCUGAGGUGAUGGGUCGCUGGUUGGGGGUUUUAUUGGCUGAGACUGGCUCCACCACUGACCCGGCCACGCUGCAUUACGACUACAUCGACGUCGAGACCACUGCCAAUGUCAUCCAGCUGGCCAAGCAGUCCUUCUGUUUCACCAGUAAGCGCGCUGUCUCUCCUAACCCAUACCUGGACAACCCGGUCAACGGCUACGCCUGUCCCACUGGAAUGGCUCUACACUACGAUGACGUGCCCAUCAACGGAAUAGACCCAGAGGCGCAGUACUCCACUCCCAGCACAGGGGGGCGCCAGCUGAAACAGGAGGCGCACUAUGAGAACACUGACCUCUAUGAGAACAUGCCCUCACCCAAGCUGGCCACUCGCUAUCUUCCCAAGUCUUCCUCCUCUUCCACUUCCUCUUCCUCCACCUCUAACAGGCACUACAAAACCCCUGUUUCUAAAGUCUCUUCUAAGUUCCUUGCCGCCGACACUAAAACUAAAGACGCUGCUCAGCUGAAGGGAAAGAAGGGAGCGGCGACCAAUGGCGUGUCAUCAAAACAGAAGGCGGAGCCGAAGAACCAGUCCAAGAAGAUUGGAGUCAACGGGACAAACGGGACAGCUUCUCUGAAACGCAACAACUCCGACGCAGAGCAGUGUAAAUACGGCAAGAACCGCGUGGAGGCCGACGCCAAGCGGCUGCAGUCCAAGGAGGACGAGCUGAUGAAGAAGAAGCAGGAGAUAAGGAACCAUCUGACCCAGCUGAAGAAGGACAGGAGAGACCUGCGCACUGCCGUGGAAGCUGCUGCUGGCAAACGUUCACACACCUCACUAUCGGAGCGACUUAAGAAGGUGGAGGAGGACUGCAGGAAGAAGGAGGAGGAGCGGGUGAACCUGGAACUCGAGCUGACGGAGGUGAAGGAGAGCCUGAAGAAAGCCCUGAGCGGCGGGGUCACCCUCGGCCUCACCAUCGAACCGAAAGCUGGCUCCUCCAGGCUCCAGUCACCGGCAAUGUCGCGACGGACCCAGGAGUCUUCUCCCUUCUCCAGCUGCGACACCAGCGACACCGAGUCCUGCUCCCUGCCGGUCAACAGCGCCUCGCUGCUCCGCCGGCAGCAGGCCGGCCAGAAGCCCUCGCCGGUCCGGGGACACGUCCUCAGGAAGGCCAAGGAAUGGGAGCAGAAGAACGGCACAUAAACCACUUCACCCCUCACUUUCUCUACAUUUCCUUUCCUUUUUUUUUUUCUAUUGAAGAAAUUGUGUAUAUAUUUAUUUAAAACUGUUCAUGCUGUCCAAGCGCGUCGAGGAGGACACAAGCAUAGCGUUCACAUGAACCAAAAACACGUUGCUGGUUUUAGUAUCCUGUCAGUACCACAACAUGAAACCUUUUUAAAAAACUUUUUUACUAUUGAGCAUGCUCAGUGUACUAAGUUGUUCAACAUGUGUUGUCCGCUGUACUCCUUUAUCAAGCAACCACCAUUUGAUUUUUUUUUUUUUUUUUUUUUUUCCUGUUUUUAUUCAAAUCUGUUCCAGCAGAUUGGGGUUCAAAAAAAGGUCAAAAACCAAGUAUUUAUUUGUAAAUGUUUAAAGGAAAUACUAGCUUCCCUUUGUUUAUUUAUGUUUGAAUAUUUAAAGUUGUUUUUUUUUUUUUUGGUAGAUUUUGUGGCGCUCCACAGUAUCCCAUUUGCUACACAGUCAAUGGUUCUCACUCAUGGGUGUCAGCAUCAGAACAAACAAACGCGCGUCUUUAAGGGUCACGGCUAUCGUAACACACACACACCGGCUGAGCAACAAAGCUGCUUCGCUCUAAGGGGGUAUAUGUCACCAAGCAGAAUUAUUCCAAAUGUGCCCUAUGAAACACUGUAAAUCAAAGAGAGGUUGAUCUGUAGUCUGUGUGUGAAAGUGUGAGACACUUUGACUUAUUAAGCAAAGCAGCGGUAUAGUUGCAGAAAAUGUUCAAAAUCACAAAUUGAGACUGUAAUAGAGUCUGUAAGAGUGUCCCCUUCCCUUAAGAAAUGACAGAAUUUAACUGUGUACUUUAGCAAUAGUUUUGAUAAUAUCUUGAGUCAUAUUUACAGUAACCAAUGCACACGGCGUGACUCAGUCUCUUUAAGAUUUAUUUCUGUAGCAUCUGUAUGUAAAACUGGUAGAUAAAAUACUUUUUCGAAAGUAAACUUACAUAUAGCUGAUCCUGCUGUGUCACUAAAAUAAUCAGAAAUAAGUUGUUAGGGCUGCAGAAAUAGAGCCCUUUAAAACCAAACACCAUAAACAUCCUUGACAUAUAAAAAAAAAAACAACUUGUAAACUGUCAGACCUCAUGAAAUUGGAAAAUAAAAUGUACACUACAAUGAAAGAAAUAUGUACUUUAUGAAGUAAACUGCUACAUUUAGCCGCUUCCGCUCACCAAGCUAGCGCCGUAACAAUGAAUAUAAUGUGCGCGCUGCCCUCGCCUGGCAAUAAUGUGAAGCCAGCCGUUCCGAGCUUGUGUGCAGGGCGUAUUAAAUGUUGCGUAUGCCUGUGAAACAUGAGCACACGUGUCGUUUCACGUUAAUUAUGUGAACCUAAAACGGAUCAUUUGCAAAUUUACUGGUUAGCGCGAUUGCACCCAAAAGCAGCUCGCGCUAACCACUUGAGAACCCAUAACUGUUGUAUUCAAACAAACAAAGUCACUUCUGCGGAUGUUAUCGCACCUAAAACAGUCAGCGAUACCACAGACCAACUAAUAAGACCCUUUUCUAACAGUGUGUAUUAAUCGGGCAAUGCGCUAGUUGUAAAAGUCGAACAGUAUUACAGUUUCCUAAGGGGCUGACAUAUGUGUUUGGUCAGAGUAGUCCCAAAUUAAACCACUCGACCGCUAGGGGUAAUUAAGAAAGCGUGUUGCUGUUUGAACCUACAGUACCUUGUUGUUACUGUCAAUGGAAUAAUUGUGCUUCUUCAAAUGGUCCCUUACUGUGAUGAUGGAUGGCUACCGCGAGGCUGUGGCGGGACUCUAGCCGGGUGUGUGUUCGCGCUUGGAAAGCAAGCUAAGGUCAGGCCGAGGCGUGGCCCCACCCCCCCCUUCGAUUUUUGGCGCUUGUCAUUGGAAUGAAAAAAAAAAAAACAAAACUCAGAAACCUCAACUGACGUGGCUGACGUUAGUCCCUCAUUCCAAGAGCCUCGGUCCAGAUCCUCUAAUCACACCACUGGUUUACUGUAAGCCCUGUGAUCUGACUCUGUGUGUGCAUGUGUGUGUGUGUGUGUGUGUGUGUGCGCGUUUAAACGUCUCCAAGGCACAUUUCCAAGCCCAUCGACAAUACACUGACUCAAAAUAGAGGCACUUGCUGUAAACUCGAAAGAAAUUGCUGUGUUCCGCUAAAAAAAAAAAAAAAAAAAA